AUGAAAAAAGCUUCAAUUAAAUAUAUUAAUUCAAGAAUAUAUUAUAGUAGAAGUCACUUAAAACAAAAACAAAUUUAUUCUUUUUUUUCAAGUAGUAAAAAUGAACAAGCACGUAUUAUAAAUAAGAAUGAUGAUUUUAUAAUAGAUGAGAGUUAUAAUAACGUGGAAUUCGAUGAACAUAUAUCAGCAUCAUUUAGUUUCGAUAUUAAUAUAGAUGAUGAUAAGUGGAAAAAAAAAGAAGAAAUUGAAUAUAAUAAUUUUAUAGAAAAAGCAAAAAAAGCUUCAAUUAAUCCUUCCACGUUUUUUUACACACAAAAAAUGACAACAGAUGUGAAGAAUACAUCUGACAAUAGAAAUUAUGAAAAAAUACAAAUGCAUAAUAAAUGUGUAGAUAAUAAUAUAUCAUCAAAUAUUGUAACAUCUAACAAAUUAACAUCUCAUAAUGUCGAAUGUGUUUAUAAAAAUGAAAACACUUAUGAGGAUGAUAUAAAGAGUUUUUUAAAAAACUCAUGUGAUGAUAUAACCUUACAAGAUGGUGACAUUAUUAAAAAAGUAAUUUAUCUUAAUGAUAAUAAUAAAAAUUUGCAUUGUUCAAAUAAAGAAAUAUAUAAAUAUUUAAAUGAUAUUUUGGAUCUGCUGGAAAUGGGAUCUAGAGUCAAACGUAAGGAUGAUGUAAUAAAAAAGGGAAAUAAAAAUAAUGAACAAAAUGGAGAAAAUAAAAAUAAUGCAAAAUAUGAACAAAAUGGAGAAAAUAAAAAUAAUACAAAAUAUGAACAAAAUGGAGAAAAUAAAAAUAAUACAAAAUAUGAAAAAAAUGGAGAAAAUAAAAAUAAUACAAAAUAUGAAAAAAAUGGAGAAAAUAAAAAAUAUGAACAAAAUAAAAAUAAUGCAAAAUAUGAACAAAAUGGAGAAAAUAAAAAUAAUGCACAAAAUUUACAAAAUGAAGAAAUAUUUACCCUAUCAGAAAUAGUAGAAAGAAAUGUAGGAGGAGGACAUAUAAAAUAUUUCCAUAAUCUUAUAUCUAAAAAAAUUUAUGAAGAUCCCUUUUUCCUUAUUAAUCUUAACUAUAAAAAUGUUGUUACUAAUUUUACAAAUUUUCCAGAUUAUUAUACAAAUAGGUUCUUCAAGUUAGUUGUUGAGAAUGUAAAAGAUAUGACAUAUAAAAAUUUAGUUUUUAUAUUAAACAUUCUUAAUAAUUUAAAUAUGAAAAACAUGAUGAGAGAUUUAUCAUAUGAAGUAAUUAAAAUGUUAAAUAAAAAUACAAAAAAUGAUCAAGAGGAUGUAUUACAGAGUGAUAAUAUAAAUAAAAAAGAAAAUGUACAAAAAAAUGAUAUAGAAAAUAAUAUAAAAUUAUGUUUACAUUAUAUUAAUAUAUUAAAUUAUCAUUCUUUAUACUUUUGUGAAUUUUAUGAUUAUUUAAUACUACAUAUAUAUCAGAUGAAAAAUGACAUGUUAUGUUUUUUUACCUUACAAUGUUUUAUACAUAGUUUAAGAACUAAACAUUAUUUAGAUAAAAUAUAUUUCUUAUGUUUAAAAAAAAUUCAGUUGUUUAAUUUUCAAGAAUUAAAAUGUAUGAUUUAUUGUUUUCAUCGUUUUUGUAAGGAAUAUUCAAAAUUUUAUGAUCUUGCUAUAGAUAUAAUAAAAAACAAAUAUAUACAUAAUAUCUUAAAUGACAAUUUAAAUGUGGUUCAGCUAUUAUUAAAAAUAACUAACAAUUUUAAAAAUAAUGAUAAAUAUGUUGAACUUACUGGAUUGAUUGCACAAAAUAUUAUAAGGCAUAUAGAAGAAAAUAUACAAUACGAAGGAAGAAAUAAAAAAAAACAAAAAAUAAAAAAAACACACACACAAUAUAUAAAUAAUUUGACAAAUAUGAAUACAUCUAUUGAUAUAUCAACUAAUGAUGAUACUUUUAAAAAGGAAAAUCUGUCUAAAAUGGAUACAACCUGUUGUAAUAAGACAUACUUAGAAGGAAAUGUUAAUGAUAGUAAUAAUGGUUUUUUGGAAACAUCAUGUGAUAAUAUUAUAAAAGUAAUAGAGUGCUUAAAAUAUUUUGAAUACAAUAAAAAGAAUAGUGAAGAUGUAAAAAAUUGUGUAAAUAAAAUUUAUGAAAUAAUAAAUGAAAAUAUUGAAUGUUUACAAAAGUUAUGUAUAGAAGAUAUAGUAUAUAGUAUUGUAUGUUUUAGUUCAUAUAAUAAAAGAAUAAUUUUAUAUAAUAAUUUUUUAGAUAUUAUAUGUGAGAAAAGUAAUGAAUUGAUAAAUGCUAAAAAUAUUUGUUUGUGGAUAUAUCCUAUAUUAAAUUUAAGCAAAAUAUCUUGGUAUCAUAAAAAUUAUAUAGAAUUAUUAUUUGGAUAUAUUAAAGAUAAUUAUAUAUUAAAUAGAUUAAGUGUAUUUCAAUUAAUGAAAUUAUUAUCAUCUGUUGUUAAAAUGAAUAUAUAUGAUGAAGAUGUAUAUAAAAUAUUAAUUGAAAAAUUAUAUAAAGAAUGGGAUAUAAUAAAAAAAAAAUUAAUUGAUAUAUCCACUUUUUUAUGGUGUUGUGCAUAUAUUAAUAUAAUAUAUAAACCAUUAUUUGAUAGUGCAUAUGAUUUAAUUAUAGAUUUAAUAAAUAAAAAUAAUCUUAAUAUAAUUAAUAAUAAUGUUAUAUAUAAAAAUUGUUUUGUUAAUAUUACUUGGUCUUUUAUAGUAGCUAAUUAUCAUAUAACACAAAAUAAUUUCGAUAAAAUUUUAAAUAUUACAUUUUUUAAAAGAAAUCCAAAUGAAAAUGAAGCAUUUAAAAGAUUACAUCAAAUUGCAGAUUCAUGCUUCAAAGAAAUAUCAAAAACUUUAAUUAACAUCAAAUGUUUAGAUAUACUCUAUUCAUAUUGUAUACAUGAAAAAUGUAAAUUAUUAAGAAAUAAUUUUAUCAUUUAUAAAAAAGAAAAAGAUGCCAUCAAAAUGAAAAAUAAAAUUCAUGAUGAAAUAUAUCAUCUUCUAAAACAUUCUUUUCAUAUAUCUUUUGAUCAACAUAUAGAACCAUAUCAUAACUCACCAUAUCUCAUAGAUAUAUGUCUAAAUCAAACUUCUAAAAUAGGAAUAUGUAUAUUUGGAAAGGAAUAUUUAAUGAGGACCUUAAAAAAAUCUUCUUGGGAUUUUAUGAACACAGGAAUUGUCACAUUGCAAAUGAGAAUCUUACACGCCCACGGAUGGAAGAUCAUUCCUAUUAAUGCCGGUGAAUGGAUACAACUCAAUUUUGAUCAGAAAAAAAAUCUCCUCUCAGAAUAUUUCAAACAAUAUUCUAUACAAAUAUAA